AUGGCGACAAACUCUAUCAAACUGUUGGCUCCUGAUGUCCACAGAGGCCUAGCUGAAUUGGUGGCGAAAAGGCUGGGUUUAAAGCUAACUGAAACCAAGCUAAAACGCGAUCCCUCAGGAGAAGUUUCCUUCUCAAUUGCGGAGUCAGUUAGAGACCAAGACAUAUUUAUUAUUACGCAAAUCGGGUCCGGGGUGGUUAACGAUAGAGUUUUGGAGUUGCUGAUCAUGAUCAACGCCUCCAAGACAGCAUCAGCCAGGAGGAUUACUGCCGUGAUUCCAAACUUUCCUUACGCAAGACAGGAUAGAAAGGACAAGAGUCGUGCACCUAUCACGGCCAAGCUAAUGGCAGACAUGUUAACUACCGCUGGUUGCGAUCAUGUCGUUACAAUGGAUUUGCAUGCGUCUCAAAUCCAAGGUUUCUUUGACGUACCUGUUGACAAUCUAUAUGCGGAACCAAGUGUGGUCAGGUACAUCAGAGAACAUGUAAAUUACAAGGAAUCCAUAAUAAUCUCUCCCGACGCUGGUGGUGCCAAGAGAGCAGCGGCGUUAGCCGAUAGACUUGAUCUCAACUUUGCAUUAAUCCAUAAGGAAAGAGCUCGCGCGAACGAAGUUUCUCGUAUGGUUCUUGUUGGUGAUGUGACGGACAAGGUUUGUAUAAUUGUCGAUGAUAUGGCUGAUACAUGUGGUACCUUGGCAAAAGCUGCCGAGGUCUUGCUAGAAAACCGCGCGAAAUCAGUUAUUGCUAUUGUUACUCAUGGGGUUCUAUCAGGGAGAGCCAUCGAGAAUAUCAACAACUCCAAACUUGAUAGAGUUGUUUGCACGAAUACAGUUCCUUUUGAAGAGAAGAUGAAAUUAUGUCCCAAGCUUGACGUAAUUGACGUAAGUGCAGUUUUGGCAGAGAGUAUCCGUCGUCUGCAUAAUGGUGAAAGUAUUUCAUAUUUGUUCAAGAGUUAUCCUUUAUAA